CUUCACUUCCUCCACAACCUCAGCUUCUGUCAGGAUUAGCACCGCUCACCAAGAACCAUGGCCAAGGACAUGACUCUGCUGUGGGGCUCCGGCUCUCCUCCCUGCUGGAGGGUGAUGAUCGCUCUGGAGGAGAAGAACCUGCAGGGGUACAACCAGAAAAUGCUCUCCUUUGAGAAAGGGGAGCACAAAUCAGCAGAAGUCAUGGCCAUGAAUCCCAGGGGGCAGCUCCCAGCCUUCAAACAUGGAAAUAACAUCCUGAAUGAGUCCAUUGCAGCCUGCAUGUACCUGGAGGACCAGUUCAAGGCCCAGGGAAACAAGCUGACCCCAGAGUGCCCUGCAGAGCUGGCGCUGAUGUACCAACGCAUGUUUGAGAGCCUCACACUGAAUGACAAAAUGGCCAGUGUUAUUUACUACAACUACAAGGUCCCAGAAGGAGAGAGACACGACUCGGCCAUACAGAGGAACAGAGCGGCUCUUAAAGCUGAGAUCCAGCUGUGGGAGGGAUACCUGGCAAAGCUUCCAUGCUGCUGCCUGACAGGAAAGUGCUUCUCCCUGGCUGAUGUGGUUGUUUUCCCAAGCAUUGCUUAUCUCUUCCGCUUUGGGUUGUGUGGAGACCGUUACCCUAAACUGGCAGCUUACCAUAAGUGCAUGCUGGAGAGACAGAGCAUCAAAGCCACCUAUCCUCCUUCCUGGAAAGACUCCCCAGGACAAGACUUACUGAAGGACCUCUAAGAUUCAAGCUGUCAGCUGACACACAGGACCUGAUCCUGAUGUAUGAUAUGUAACCACUCCCUGCUUUGCACUACUCUGUGUGUGUGCAUUUUUACAAAUGUACAUUUAUUGUAACUGUGGUUAUUACUGAACAUACAAAAUUUGUUAAAAACAUGCUGUAACCAAAAGCAAUAAAGAUUGAAUUUCA